CUCUACAAAGCUUUUAUCAGAGAAAAAAACAACAACUUGAAGAACUCACCAAUUUGAUCAAUUCAUUUAUAAAAAAAACACAGAAGAAAAGAGAAAUGGCUAUUAUGGAUCAAGCUGCUAAUAUGGCUUCUCUGCCGUUGGAUUAUAAUAGUCGAAAGAGGAAAUCAAGGAGUAGAAGGGACAGAACAAAGAAUGUGGAAGAGAGACUAGCUAAAUGGAAAGAGUAUAAUGAGAAACUAGAUAGUGUUGAUGAUGAAGGGAAGCCAAUGCGUAAAGUUCCUGCUAAAGGUUCAAAGAAGGGGUGUAUGAGAGGUAAAGGGGGACCCGAAAAUUCGCGGUGUAAAUACAGAGGUGUUAGACAGAGGAUAUGGGGUAAAUGGGUUGCUGAGAUUAGGGAACCUAAAAGAGGUAGUAGGCUAUGGUUGGGUACAUUUGGUACAGCAAUUGAAGCUGCUCUAGCAUAUGAUGAAGCUGCAAGAGCUAUGUAUGGUCCUUGUGCAAGGCUGAAUUUGCCAAAUUACCCUUCUAGGGAUGAUUCUGAUUCUGCUUCUGCUUCUGCUUCCUGGGCUACUACAUCUGCAUCUGAUUGUACGGUUGCUUCCGGUGGUUUCGGCGAGGUAUGUCCGGGUGAGGGUGCAACAACUGCAGCUGGCACACCAUUGAGUUCAGUGAAAGACGAAGGAAAGGACGAGACUGCGGGGUUGCCUGGUGAGAUGGAAAUUGUUGAAGCUAAAGAGGAACCUAUAAGUAUUGAUCAACAUACGCUCAAGUCUGGAUGGGAUUGUCUAGAUAACUUAAAUUUGGAUGCGAUGUUUGAUGUAGAUGAGCUAUUGGCUAUGUUAGAUUCUACUCCAGUUUCCACCAAUGACUUCGGUUCAGAUGGAAAGCAAUAUGCCUACGACAACAAUUUGGUAUCAAAUUCGCCAUGUCAGCUGCUGGGAGAUCCACAGGAAAUGGGGCAGGAGGCAUCUAUGACAUUUGACUAUGGCUUUGAUUUUCUGAAACCAGGCCGGCAAGAAGAUCUUAAUUUCAAUUCGGAUGACCUUACAUUCAUGGACUUGGAUUCUGAACUUGUGGUUUGAAAGUUUACGCAGCAAGAUACAUGGUACCGUCGUUGACUGAGAUAUAGGAUGUGAGGAAGAGAAAACUAGAGAUGUUGA